CCUAUCUUCAGAGGACGGAACCAUUGAGUUCAAUAAUAACUGGAGCGGCUAUCUCUCAAAAGUUGAUUCAAGUUUGUUUUUGCGUUUGAAUUUCGUAUCAGAGUAAUCAUGUAGACGCAUUUACAUGAAUUUUGAAAAUUUUUGGCCAGAAGAAUCAUCGCAAAGCUCAAAUACUUACCAGUAGUGUCCAAUGAAUGCCAUGGAUGUUGAUUGGAAAAAGGAUUGCAAUGAAUCACUAACCUUUCUUGUUGUUCCAAGUUGUUGAUUGGCGGUACUUCAGUUCUUUCUUGUGAUGCCUGGAUUUCCUCUGUUUCACUCUCAUACAACAAUUCUUGCUCAACUGGCUCUUCAAGUGCAUUCUGGGACGUAAAUUUUUUGUCUGAUGAGCUCCUAACGCAGAAAUCACCGUUACUAUUGUCGAUGCAAUCAACAUCAGGAUCAUGAAUAUCGCGAGGUGCGAAUGAACUUUUCAUACACUGCUUGAGAAAGUGGGGAGGGUCAUCAUGUGUCUAUAUGUGACAAAGGAAAAAAAACGAAGAUAAGGCUGAAAAACAGAGUGGUAGCGCAAGGAAAAUAGAGCAGGUGAUCCCACAGUUUUUGGCAAUCUACCACCAAGUGAAGAAUGUGUUCAGGCGCUCUGUGACGCAAUAAAGUCAGGAAAGGACAACUUCUACAAGCCAGCUGAUGGAGGCUGAACACAAUUUUAAGGAGUUUCGUGUUCGGGAUUUGCAUUGGACAGUAGCUGAAAAUUGUGUAGUCUUCAAAGACUUUUUCAAUAUAGUCUACUAGUAAACAGUGAUGCAAAGAGGCACGAAAUACCGUUGCAAAAUACAGUUCAACACCUGAAUACAUCGUGGAUGCUGAGGGGUAGGACACCUGAGAAAGCAGCGGCUUUAACCCGACUUUAACAAAAUGAGAAAUUCGGGGCUUUAUACACAAAUAAUUCUGUGAAAACGCGCUAGUUGAUGGUGGUGAUAACAUCCUAAUUCCAAGACCUGGUUUCUCUCUUUACAAAUGCAUCUGUGGAUCGAGGGGGAUUGAAGCACGAUCCUAUAAACUCAUUCCUGAAAAUGGUUGGGAAGUCGACUUGGAUGAUAUGGCUUCACUAAUUGACGAGAGAACAAAGCUUAUUGUCGUUGUCAACCCAUCAAAUCCCUGUGGUUCUGUGUACAAAAGAGAACAUUUGGAAGAAAUAUUAAACAUUAAAUAUCUCAAGACAUUUGCUGAAAAAUACCGCGUCCCAGUUCUCUGUGAUGAAGUUUACGCGCAUGUCGAGAACAUUAAAAGAAGCCUGCUUUUGGGGAACGACUUCAGACGCCAGCAAUCUAUAUAAAUACAAAGAAUAUAAAAUUCAAACAAAGAGACGCAAUAGAUUUAUACACAAGCUCUACGAGUACAAAUCAUCAAAACGCCAUGUCUCUUGAUAACUUACUGCUCUCUCUGUUUCAAUUUUUUACGAACAAAGCCCGAGAUGCUGCAGCAGACAGGCUAGAAAACGGUGACGUUGGUAGUGAAGGAUUUCGCGAACUUAUCAAGCGAGAUUUACACGACAUCAAAAGAAAGCUAGAUAAUCUUUCGAAAAUAGAUCUUUGCUCCAGUUUGAACUACUUGGAGGAAGGAUUUAUUCUACUUUUUAAUUGUAUUGACGAAGUAGAAAGUGAUAGAGAAUGUGAAGAAGCAAGUAAUAAUGAUGAGUCUGAGGCAACUUGUAGUGCCAUCACCACCAAGUAUGAUCUUUCCCAUGCAAUACAACAUUCAAAGGUUUUUGAAAGGGCAAAGGAUCGAUUUAAAAAAUCCCGUGAGAAAGCAACGGAUGUUUUCAACAACAAAAAUUUAAGCUUGGAAGAGAGAAUAUUUGCCGUUGUUGUUAAGAUCAUGGCACAAAUUUUUGAAUGUCCGGAGCAUCGAAAGAAUGUCAUUGAUUUAUGUUUAUCUUAUAUAAAAAGGCUGCAUGAAAUGGACGGUGUUCGUAAAAUGUUCUCUGUUUCUAUCGGUGGUGGCAUGAAAGCGAUGUUCGGAAAAUCUCAGAGAAUGGAAAACAUUAAGUCUGUCAUUCUUCUCAACCAUCAUUUAUAUCAGUUCAUUGCAAGGAUCAACAACAAUCAUGAUCAUUUAUCAUCUUGGCCAAGUAUUGAACUUGGAGACGGAAAAAUGUUUGAUCCAAUACAGGACUGGCGCAAGGAAUUCGCUGUCGAGUCUUGGUAUAAAAAUUUGAUUGAAUCUUCCCAAGAAAUGAAAAAAAUGAAAACCAUGAUGUUUGAACUUUUGGACAAGAUGACUAUAAAUGAACAUUUUGCUCCAAUCUUGACAUUACCAGUUGAAUUAGUUAUGGAUUUAUUAAGAAGUGAUAUUUUGGUUGCUGAUGUUUACAUUGUUGAAAUAUUUUCAUGCAAGGAGAAGAAAUGGUUUAGGAUGGCAUCAAUGGAAAAUGGACACCGGAGUGCUUCAUCAUUUAUUUAUAAUGAUAAUUUAUUUGUUGUUGGAGGUGGCGGCAGCAAGUCAAUGGAGACAUUGAAUAUAAAACAGUUUCCUUUAACAUGGAGGAAAUUUCCCUCAGAGCUUCCUUGUAGAUGUUGGGAUCAUCAAACUGUUGUUUGUAAACAAAAAAUCCUUUUCAUUGGAGGAUACAUUGCAGGUAAAGGACCAUCAGAUUUGAUCUGUGAAAUAAACAUUACAGGUACAACAUCUUAUGUUUUAAAAGAGUUGUGUCAUAUGCCUGAACCACGUUGGUGCCAUGGAGCUGUUGUUGUUGAUGAUAAAGUUCUUAUUUUUGGAGGAUGGACAAAAGAUGGCAAAGUUUUGUCCAGUGUUUUAGAGUUUGAUCCAAGGACACUUACAUUUAAGGAAAUGCCUCCAUUACCUCAUCCAUUGGCUAACAUGGCAACAGUUCAAUGGAGAGAUCAAGUUGUUCUUCUUGGAGGUAAUGAUGAUGGAAGAGAAGCAUUGAACAGUGUUAUUAUGUAUGACAUCAAAACAGGUAAGAUUACAGUCUUACCACCCAUGUUGGAAAAGAGACAUGGUUGCUGUGCAGUUAUAACUGGUGAUACAAUUGUUGUCAUGGGAGGUGUGAAUGAUAAAGAUGAAAGUCUUAAAUCAGUGGAGUGUUUCGAAAUGGGAAGUAGUUCUUCAUGGACAUAUCUUCCUUCAAUGAGGGAAACACGACGAAGAGCCAUUGCUGAAGUUUUACCUUUUGGACAAAAGUAUGUCUAAGACACGAAAUUUCAUUAAGUUAUGGAACGUUAUAACUCAUCAAUGUUUGUUUGGACUACAUUGGAUGAUAAAUUUGUAAAAUUUAAAAUGUAUAGUUCAAAAGUUCAUAUAAUCAUUAACUAUUUUGAUAAAUUUCUGAAAUAGGUGAAUGUCUUUUCUAUCUAAAUAAGUUUGAGUUUUUAGAGGAUAGUUUAUACCUUUUUUCUUGUCCUUGUUUCAUUGUAGUUUAUUGAACAAUAAAAUACAAGUUUUCCAUUGUAAAAA